AUGCGCCCGGAACUUUCAGACAGUCGAUACGACGGACCCGACGCAUGCACAAGCAUCCUUCCACGGGGCUUUAGAAAGUCCCCAGAGAAUGCGCCAUUCCAAAUUGAUACGGUCUUUGAGAAGGAUGUGAAGAUAAGCCUGCGGGAUGGGACGCAGAUCAGGGCCGACAUAUUUCGCCCGCAUGAUGCUGCAGGAUCAGUUCCUGGAUUGAUUGCUUGGAGCCCAUAUGGCAAGACAGGUAGAGGUCAUUUUCGCUUGGAUGUAGUGCCAGGCCGCGUCGGUGUUCCAGUUGCCAGAUUGUCGGGGUUCGAGAAGUUUGAGGCCCCAGACCCAGCGGAGUGGACAGCACGUGGAUAUGCAAUAGUGAAUGUGGACUCCAGAGGUGUUUAUGAUUCGGAAGGUGAUAUUCGCUGGUUUGGCUCUGCCGAAGGUAGGGACGGCUAUGACGUCGUGGAGCAAGUUGCAAAGAUGCCAUGGUGCAGUGGUAGCAUUGCUCUUGUUGGAAAUUCAUGGCUUGCUAUGGCACAAUGGUUUAUCGCUGCUGAGCGCCCGCCACACCUUAAGUGCAUCGCGCCAUUGGAGGGUGCAAGCGACGUAUACCGUGAACUUUUGUGCCGAGGUGGCGUUCCUCAAACAGCCUUUUGGGAUUAUUUGGCAAACUUGAUGGUUGGUCGAAACCAACAAGAGGAUGUAAAGGCAAUGUUGGAAAAGUAUCCUCGCACCAAUGAAUACUGGGAAGACAAAAGAGCGCAGAUCAGUAGGAUCGAUGUACCUGUCUACGUUCUUGCGAGCUAUUCAACGUUUUUGCAUACUAUGGGUUCUUUCAGAGGGUUUGAAGAAAUUCAACAUAAAAACAAAUGGCUCCGUGUCCAUCCUACGCAGGAAUGGUACGACCUUUACCAACCCAGUACCAAUGAUGAACUUCAGUUAUUCUUUGAUCGUUAUACGAAGGAUAUUCAAAAUGACUGGGAAAAAACCCCGCGGGUUCGAAUUUCCCUACUGCAAUUCAACAGGGAACCGAUUACGAACGUCCCAUGCGAUGACUGGCCGCUAGCAUCAACUAGACAUGAAAAGCUGUUCCUCUGUGAGAAUGAUUCAUUGGCAAAAACCGCACCUCUUGACGGAGGCAGUGUUUCUUAUCAGUCCGAUGAGGUCAGCCUACAGAUGGACGCUGACCGUGAGGAGCUCUCUUUUCAAUAUACGUUCCCGCAUAGAGCCCUUUUUGUGGGCUGCGCUCGUGUUGUUCUAUACAUGUCAUGCAACGACCAUGAUGAUAUGGACGUAUUUGUGCAAGUCCGCAAAGCGGACAGGAAAGGCCGGACCCUCCAAAAUAUGAACAUUCCCCUCAGCGAUUUGAAUAUGGAUGCUUAUGAUGUUGAUACCGUCAACCCGUUAAAAUACCUCGGUCCAACAGGCGUCCUUCGGGCCAGUCAUCGUGAUAUUGAUCUUGACCUGUCUAACACGAGCUGGACUGAACAUGAUUACAGUCGAAAUUCCCCUGUCCCUCGGGGGCAAGUUGUUCGGAUGGAAAUCGGGCUUUGGCAAACUGGCAUUGUUUUCGAUGCUGGCGAAAAGAUUGUUCUUAAAGUGUCCGGUCAUAACAUGACGCUAGCAGAGUUCCCCCCAUUACGGGGCGCACUCCUAAACGGGAAUGUCGGAAGCCAUUAUGUUCACUUUGGGGGCUCCUAUCAAAGUCACUUGUUGGUCCCCUUAGUUGAUCUGCCGCUAGGAGCCCACGAGGAGACUACAUUAUGUGGGACUCGAGCAUCGGGGUUAUGA